AACUCCCCGAAGACAUCAUAAUCUUCCACAUCCUCACGAAACUCCCCACGAAAUCUCUCCUCCGUUUCCGCUCCGUCUCCAAAUCAUGGAACUCCGCCACCUCCCRUCCUCUCUUCCUCUCUCUCCGCCUCUCCGCCGCCUCCGUCCUCGAUUCCUCUCCCACAUCCUCAUCUCGGCCUCCCAACCCAACUCCUCCUGCCACCACCUCCUCUCUGCCGCCCUCGGCCCUCUCCCUCCGCUCACACACCUCCUCUCCCUUCCUCUCCGCCACUCCCUAGUCGUCAAACCCGCCAACGGCCUYCUCCUACUCCACUUCCCAAACGACCUCUAUUCCGACCGCCCCGAUCUUCCCGCCUACAUUUUCAACCGCCGUGCCCGAGACAUCAUCCCUCUCCCUCCCAACGCGCCCACGAACCAGAAAGUUAAAAUCUUGUACCAUCUUGGUUACGAUGCGUUGGGCGACGAGUACAAGGUUUUGCAGAUUUGGAGGUUUAUUGACACCAAUCUUGAGAUGUCGGAGAGUGGCAUGGUUUUUAAAGUGUUGAGUUUGGGGUCUGGGAAAUGGAGGCGGAUUCGGCCUCGUCGGAUCCCGUUCUUCUGUAGUUCUUAUAGUGCUUUGUUUUCUCCUUGCUGUGCCUCUAAUGGCGGAAUCCACUGGGUCGUACACCCCAAGAAAUUUGUCUUGGUCUUCAAUCUCCACGAUGAGGAGUUUGCUUCCAUUCCGUUUCCUCAACCAUUCAUCCAACAACAAAGCCCGAUUGAGAUGUGGGUGUUGAAGGAUUACCAGAACCACAUCUGGGUUCAACUUAAGGAAGCCACUUUCCAAUACGACAUGUCGUCGGAAGAUGAUGACCACUGCUCCUCUCGUCUCCCUCUUCCUCUGGGCUCUGGACCACGGCUGCUCUACUAUGACAUCAAACGGCGCCGUUUUCGUGGAGUGGAGAUUCGUGGGCUGUCUGAAUGGCUGUCGGCUAAUGAUGUUGCUGUUACAGAUUGUAGUUUUGAUGCUUACGAAGAGAAUAUUGUCACUCUGUCCUCUCUAAUUGCUUGA